GAAAGGGGGCGGGGCUGACGCUUAGCUACGUGACGCACGUAGCAAACGGUCAACAAAUCUAUUUUUAAGUGUUUAUAUUCAGUAUAUGCAACACUAAACCAAGAUAUUCUGUGUUGAAUGCUUUCUUAUACUGUAUCUAUUAUUCAUUCUUGCGGAGCUUACGUUGCAAGCCGCCAUUUAUCCCAACUACAGAGUUUAGUAUUGUGUCGACAUGAGAGGAUCUUCCUACGGAGACAGGGACCGUGGACGGGACAGGCCACGGUUUGGGGGUGGUAUGGGCGGCCGCAGUGGAUCCAAUAAGUUUGGAAAUCCAGGAGAGCGACUUCGCAAAAAGAAGUGGAACCUGGACGAGCUGCCAAAAUUUGAAAAGGACUUCUAUACUCAGCAUGAUGAGGUGGAGCGCAUGGGACAGUUUGAAGUGGAAGAGUUUUGCAGGAGGAAGGAGAUCACCAUCAGAGGUUCAGGCUGCCCAAAGCCUGUGACUGCUUUUCACCAGGCACAGUUUCCUCAGUAUGUGAUAGAUGUGCUGAUGCAGCAGAACUUCAAAGAACCCACAGCGAUCCAGGCCCAGGGUUUUCCUGUGGCCCUGAGCGGCAAGGACAUAGUGGGAAUUGCACAGACUGGUUCUGGAAAGACGCUGGCCUACCUGCUCCCUGCGAUCGUACACAUUAACCACCAGCCCUACCUGGAGAGAGGAGAUGGUCCUAUAUGUCUCGUUCUUGCCCCAACCAGAGAGUUGGCUCAGCAGGUGCAGCAGGUUGCCUACGACUAUGGCAAGUCUUCUCGUAUCAAAAGCACCUGCGUCUACGGUGGAGCACCCAAAGGACCACAGUUACGAGACCUCGAGAGGGGUGUUGAGAUCUGCAUUGCCACGCCUGGUCGCCUUAUUGACUUCUUGGAGUCAGGGAAGACCAACCUGCGGCGCUGCACCUACCUAGUGCUGGAUGAGGCUGACCGCAUGUUAGACAUGGGCUUUGAGCCGCAGAUUCGCAAGAUUGUUGAUCAAAUCAGGCCUGACAGACAGACACUGAUGUGGAGUGCAACGUGGCCGAAAGACGUUCGCCAGCUGGCGGAGGACUUCCUAAAAGAAUACAUUCAGAUUAAUAUUGGAGCUUUGGAGCUCAGCGCCAACCACAACAUCCUGCAGAUUGUUGAUGUCUGCAUGGAGACGGAAAAGGACAACAAACUUAUGCAGCUGAUGGAGGAGAUAAUGACCGGAGAGGAGAAGAAAACCAUCAUCUUUGUGGAGACUAAAAAACGAUGUGAUGAUCUUACUCGAAGGAUGAAGCGUGAUGGUUGGCCAGUAAUGUGUAUCCAUGGAGACAAAAGCCAGCCAGAAAGAGACUGGGCACUCGCAGAAUUUCGAAGUGGCAAAUCCCCCAUCCUGAUUGCGACUGAUGUUGCCUCUCGUGGCCUGGAUGUGGAAGAUAUCAAGUUCGUUAUCAACUAUGACUAUCCCAACUCCUCUGAGGAUUACGUCCAUCGUAUUGGACGCACAGCCCGCAGUACCAACACGGGUACAGCUUACACCUUCUUCACACCUGGAAACCUGCGGCAGGCCCGACAUCUGGUUCGGGUGCUCCAGGAAGCUCGGCAAGACGUCAAUCCUAAACUGCUUCAGCUCGCAGGUUCCGGCAGAGGGGGCGGCGGCGGCGGCGGCGGUGGUAGAAUGCGUUACCAUGGCGGCGGCGGCGGCAGCAGCAGCAGCAGCGCCAACAACCCUAACCUAAUGUUUCAGGAAGUAUGUGAUCGGCGUAUGCAUCCUGGCGGAGGGGGUAACGGCCAAGCAUUUGGCCGUGACGGUCGCAACAACCGUGACGGCGAUCGAUCCAUGGGUCGCGAUGACAGGAACACCUACAACCUUGCUUCAGACCAGUACCAGAAUUACAGCAACAGCGGAAACUACAAUUCCCACGGUGGAGGUCAGUGUGGGAGCAGUCAGGAUCAGUCCGGCGCACUGCAGGCUCAGUUUGGCCAGGCUCCCCUACCAGGGGGGCUGCAGCCUCUAAUGGGGCAGCAGUUUGCUCCAUCACAACCCUCACUCAUGGGCUUCAUGGGGCAAGCACCGUAUGCCUAUCCUUGUCCUCAAGCUCCAGGAAUUCCCAGGAAUUAAAGUAAUGGUAAAUGGUGGAUUCACAUGGCAAUGUUAGGUCCAUGAGUUGCGCCCAUCUCCAUAGACUUUAAAUAGGGUGAUGUAAGCCUUUGCCAAAAUUAAUUGUGAAUUGCGUGCAUUGCUUCCAUCAAAAGAGCAUUUUCAAUUUUACCACGCCAAUGCAUGCCCCAGCCAAUCAAGUUGCAGCGACACUGCUAGAGUCUAGAACAGGGGUCGGCAACCCAAAAUGUUGAAAGAGCCAUAUUGGACCAAAAACACAAAAAACAAAUAUGUCUGGAGCCGCAAAAAAUGAAAAGUCUUGUAUAAGCCUUAGAAUGAAGGUGAAAGGCGAAAUGUCGAGAAAAGUCGAGAAAAAAGUCAAAAUGUCGAGAAAAAAGUCGAAAUGUCGAGGAAAUAGUCAAAAUUUUGAGAAAAAAGUCGAAAUGGCGAGGAAAUAGUCAAAAUGUCAAGAUUAAUGUUGAAGUACAAUACAGAGAAAAAAGUCGAAAUGUUGAGAAAAAAGUCAAAAUGUUGAGAUUAAAAAGGAAAGAAAAAAAGAGAAAAAAAGGAAAAAAAGAAAAAAGAAGAAAAAAAGAGAAAAAAAGGAAAAAAGAGGAAAAAAAAUAAAAAAGGAAAAAAAGGUCAAACAUAUUUGAAAAAGCUCCAGGAGCCACUAGGGCGGCGCUAAAGAGCCGCAUGUGGCUCUAGAGCCGCGGGUUGCCGACCCCUGGUCUAGCCUAUGACCUUCACAUGGAGGUCAGCCUACAGUAAAAGCCCAUAGUUUUGGACUCACAUCAGAAGACAAGGGGAAAACGUAUCGCUGUCUUCAACCAUGAAAUUCACUUCUCUGCCUGCAUGUCUGACGAAUAGAACGCACCCAAAAACCAGAUCGCCUAUGGAAAGAAUUGAUCAUCUCAGGCCGUAAUGAUGCAGCAUGGCCCAGAAGAUUCAGACAGACUCUCUCACCUGCGUUGCUGCAAAGCUGGCGCAUGAAUCCAGCAUAACUUUGUUUGUUCUUUAUGGUCGUGAUCUCCAGUGUUUAAAAGGAGGUCAGGGCUUGUGUCUUCUGUUUGACACAAGGCGCUUACAUACUGGCGUUCUGUAACAUUUCCGUAACAGUGGGCCACCAUUGGCCUUCACAUACUGGCCCAAGCAAGACGAGUUGACCAGGAAGGUUUGAACAGUGUAGACAGAUUCAGCUGCAUGUACAGCAUCAGUACAGUAAAUAAGAAUGCUGCAUCUCCUCCAGCUGGAGGUGUCCGGGUUUUCCUCACCAGAUGCUGUUUCAUUUGUGAGCGGGUUUUAACUACGAGAGCUGCUCAUCGCUGGAGCGAAGUGCGACUCCUCUGUUCUUACGACAAUGGUCGGCACACGUCAAACAUGAUCAAAAUUGAAAGUUUUUAAAUUCUCAGUUACGGAAAUGGGGGAUGGCCCUUACAUACACAACCAGUCUCUCCUUUUGGUCUAUCUAUGGAGGCGGGAAGAAGAAGGGAUUUCAUUUCAUGCCUUUCUGGAAAGUGGCUCCUUCAUACCGGUAUCGUGACCAGCAAAAGGGGGAAGGGGCUCCCCAAAGAAAUGCCAGUAUCUAAGCGCCUACACCUCAGAUGUUGAAUUGUUCUGUCAACACCAUCAACCCCUCUCUCAUUGUCCUCUGCCAUGAACCAUGAGGGAGGAACUGGGGUCAAUUUCAAGCUGAUUUUUACCCCAGUCAAAUUAUGCAAAAUUGCAUUCAAUGAGUCGAAGUUAGUUGCAUCUAGAUUUUGUUAGAGGCCUUUGGGGGUCGAGACUUUCACUAUAGUUACAUUCCAGACUCCUUGAAGCUAAACAAGUUUAUUAAUUUCCUUUCAAGCUGUUUUGGUACAUUUAUCCAUUUUGUGACUAACUAUAUUCAUAGUUCCUUUUUUUCCCUUUUUUUGUAAGGAGCUAUACCAGAUUUAGAUACUUAUUCGUGCAUGUUUUGUAUACAAUCUCCUGUAGUGUUGUAGUCAGUCAAAACUUAAGUACUGUUUCAAUAAAAAUUGUAGAUUACAUUUUAGUUUCUCUUGCUCACUGUGGUGUUUUUCUUGAAUAAACUUAUCAAAACAUCAUGCAAAUUCUUGAGCUUUAUAAAUUAUUUUAUUCAGAUAUAUUUGCAGUGUGGUCUUGGUUUGGGGCCAGGAGAAUGUAUUUUGAGUGCUUUCAUUUGUGGUUAUGUGUAAUGAUGUAAUGAUUUUAUUAACAGUAGGGGGUGCAAAUAACUUCACCUCCCUAGGAAUGAAAUGUACAGUAAAUUACAUAUUUAUACAAUUCUUAUUGUAAACAUACAACUGUCUCUCGGUGUAUUCAAAAUCUGGAUUUUACUAAUUUAAUACACUGUAAAAUUAUACAUUUAGGUUCAACAAAAAUAUAGCGCUAUGAAUUUUCUGUCAAUACUAGUUAAUGUGGAACAAAGUCUGGAAUCACAUUGAUAUUUAAGACUACUGAAAGCAGAUUUGGGUGAUUCAUCUCAGUUGUGUUUAUUCCACUAGUCUCACAUUCAUCUUUGUGAAUCUGAGAGGUGAUCAUAUAUCUUUGCUCAAAUUAACAUCUGUCGAUAUUGGAAUGAGUCGUUGACAUGUUAUGUUAAAACAGUAAUUUGUAUACAUACGUGUACAAAACAAGAGGGAAGAGGAACAAAAUCAUCUCAGAACAUAAGAGGAAAAAGACAUUUUG